AUGGUUCUCCCUUUAAAGCCUGCAGAGAGAGACCCGGAUCCUGCGUUUGAUCGUCAGCGGGAGCAUAAACGCAUCCGAAUUAACGGCCCAGUUUCUGCAACGGACUUAUACGAGCAAUAUAUCGCCACUGACCGACUUUAUAACGAUAAGGCAGGACACGACGAUGCCAUUGCGUACUGGCUUUCCCGCUAUGACUCCCAAAGAGAUCUCGCCCGCUUUGCUCUCGACCUUUUUGCCAUCUCACCUAUGUCGGAUGAGUGUGAACGCCUGUUCAGUAGCGCCAAUCUCACCGUGGUUGACCGCAGGGGCAGGCUAAAGGCUGAUAUUAUCGAGGCAUGCGAGUGUGUCCGGGCUUAG